CGUCACCGCGUGACGCCAUGACGCACGAGCGUGUCCCCGUCAGCUGAUCAGUGAGCCGCUGCGGAAUUAACGCGCGUUGCUGCGAUAUUUUCAUAAAAUCAACAAUCAAAACGAAUAUGAGACGGUAAAGAGCGGCUCCGUAUUGCAGAGAACAUGUCAGGAAACAGUCUGGUUUUACCCAUAGUUCUGUGGGGCCGCAAUGCACCCACUCACUGCAUCUCCAGCCUGCUGGUGAUGGACGAUCUGACCACCAUCAUCACCGGCUGCCAUGAUGGACAGAUCUGCAUCUGGGACAUGACCCCAGAGCUGGAGAUCAAUCCUCGCGCUCUGUUGUUUGGACACACGGCUUCUGUCACCUGUCUGUCCAAGGCCAGCACAGGAAGUGACAAACAAUACCUCGUCAGCGCCUCUGAGAGCGGGGAAAUGUGUUUAUGGGACGUCAAUGAUGGACGCUGCAUUGAGUUCACCAAACUGGCCUGUGCACACACUGGAAUACAGUUUUACCAGUUCACCAUCGGCACACAGAGGGAGGGCCGUCUUCUGUGCCAUGGACAUUACCCAGAAAUCCUUGUAGUGGACGCUACCAGUCUCGAGGUCCUUUACUCGCUUGUGUCCAAGAUUUCGCCUGACUGGAUCAGUUCCAUGAGCAUCAUUCGCUCGCAUCGCACACAAGAGGACACCGUGGUGGCCGUGUCUGUAACUGGGAUUCUUAAGGUGUGGAUCAUCACCGCUGACGUCAGCAGGAUGCAGGAUCUGGACCCUGUUUUUGAGGAAGAGUCGAAGCCUAUCUACUGUCAGGGCUGUCAGAGCAUCUCGUUCUGCACGUUCACACAGCUCUCGCUGCUGGUGGUGUGCUCCAAGUACUGGAGGGUGUUUGAUGCGGGUGAUUUCUCCCUGCUGUGUUCGGUCCCGAGCGAGAACAAUCAGUCGUGGGUCGGAGGAGAAUUCAUCGCUGCUGAUAAAGUCAUAAUCUGGACUGAAGAUGGUUGCAGCUACAUUUACAAACUACCGGCCAGCUGUCUUCCAGCGAGCGAACACUUUCGCAGCAAUGUGGGGAAGAAGUCUGAGGGUUCGAUCCCUCCUCUGGUGUACAGCAUAGCGGACCGCGCCGACAAACAGCUCCUGAUUUGUCCUCCUGUGACGCGCUUCUUCUUCGGACGGAGAGAGCCGUUCCACAAACUGCUGAUCCAGGGCGACUCUGCGGGGCGACUGACGGUGUGGAGCAUCCCCGAGACGUCCCCCUUACAGCCGCUGUCCUCCGCCGCAGAGCUGCAGGUGUCGGCCAGCAUCAGUCUGCAGGAGGCCUUUGAUAAGUUACUGCCGUCUCCGGCCGGCAUCAUUGACCAGCUGAGCGUCCUGCACGGCUCUAACGAACCCAUUAAGGUGACGGCGAGCGUGUACAUCCCGUCCCAGGGCCGACUGGUGUGUGGACGAGAGGACGGCAGCAUCGUUCUGGUUCCUGCGACACAGACGGCCAUCGUUCAGCUGCUGCAGGGAGAACACAUGCUGCGCAGGGGCUGGCCUCCCCACCGUACUCUCCGAGGUCACAGGCACAAGGUGACGUGUCUGCUGUACCCUCACCAGGUCUCUCCGCGCUACGAUCAGCGCUCGCUGGUGUCCGGCGGCGUCGACUUCUCCGUCAUCAUCUGGGACAUCUUCACCGGAGAGAUGAAGCACAUCUUCUGCAUUCACGGAGGAGAAAUCACACAGCUGAUCGUGCCUCCGGAGAACUGCAGCACGCGCGUGCAGCACUGUGUGUGUUCGGUGGCCAGCGAUCACUCCGUCGGUCUGCUCAGUCUGAGGGAGAGGAAGUGCAUCAUGCUGGCGUCCAGACAUCUCUUCCCCAUCCAGGUCAUCAAGUGGAGGCCGUGUGAUGAUUACCUGGUGGUGGGCUGCUCCGACGGCUCCGUCUACGUCUGGCAGAUGGACACAGGAGCGCUGGACCGCUGUGUGAUGGGAAUAACGGCGGUGGAGAUUCUGAACGCGUGUGAUGAGGUUGUUCCCGCAGCUAUGGACUCCCUCAAUCACCCCGCGGUGAACCUGAAGCAGGCCAUGACCCGCCGCAGUCUGGCAGCGCUCAAGAACAUGGCCCAACACAAGCUGCAGACGCUCGCCACCAACCUGCUCGCGGCCGACAACGCCGACAAGGGAAACCUUCCCAAAUACUCGCACAACUCUCUGGUGGUGCAGGCCAUGAAGACCAACGUGACGGACCCGGACAUGCACGUGCUGUUCUUCGACGUGGAGGCCGUGAUCAUCCAGUUACUGACGGAGGAGGCGCAGCGGCCCAAUCCCACCCUCGUCUCGCCGGAGACGCUGCAGAAAGCACCGGGCGGAGCCGACAAGAGCGGGUCCUUCCUCGCCAACAAGAUCUUCAAACAGGUGAAGGAGACCAUUAAAGAAAACAUCAAGGAGCACCUGCUGGAUGAAGACGAGGAUGAGGAGGAGGAGCAGCGGCGGCGCGAGGAGAAGUCCAAGUCUCUGAGUCUGCUGGAGUACAAUCUGACCAUGGACACGGCCAAACUCUUCAUGUCCUGCCUGCACGCCUGGGGUCUGAACGGAGAGCUGGACGAGGUGUGUCUGACCCGGCUGGGCAUGCUCCGCCCACACACGCCCGUCUCCUUCGGCCUGAUCUCCCGCGGGGGACACAUGUCGCUCAUGCUGCCCACCUUCAAAGACUCGCUGCUCCGGCAGCUGGCCGAAGGAUGCGCCGAGGGCCGCAAGCUCUCCGUCUCCGAGAUCGUGGGCAAAGGCACGUAUGGCGUCUCCAGAGCCGUGACCACACAGCACCUGCUCUCCGUCAUCUCGCUGGCCAACACACUGAUGGGCAUGACCAACGCCACCUUCAUCGGGGAGCACAUGAAGAAAGCGCCGGCCAGGCCCCCAAGACCAGGAACCCCUGAGACCCCGAGAAGAAGCGCCCCACAGGCGUCCAGCCCGGCCCUGCAAGCUCAGAUCAAACAAGCUGCGAUCGCUGCUCCGUCUUCUGGUUCAGGAGUGUCUCACUCUCCCUCGGUCAAUGAAGGCUGGAGUCAGCUGGCCGCUAUGCACUGUGUCAUGCUUCCUGAUCUUCUGGGUUUGGAUAAGUUCAGGCCUCCUCUGCUGGAGAUGUUGGCUCGCAGAUGGCAGGACCGCUGCCUGGAGGUCCGAGAGGCGGCCCAGGCACUGCUGUUGGCUGAACUGCGGCGGAUCGGUCAGUCGGGCCGGAAGGACACCAUUGACAUGUGGGCUCCGUAUCUGCCGCAGUAUGUGGACGUGGUCAGCUCUCCGGGAACCGCGCCCGAGUCCGGCCAGCCGGCCCCGCCCCCUGCUGAAGCCCCGCCCACCGAGACCAAAGCUCCAGAGGAAGAGAUGGACGUGACGGAUGAUGACAUCACUGCAGGCUGUCUGUCGAACCUGCCGCCGAACGCGAAGAUCUGUAACUCGUACGAGGAGCGGAGGAAGCAGGCGACGGCCAUCGUUCUGCUGGGAGUGAUCGGAGCCGAGUUCGGUGCAGAGAUCGAACCUCCCAAACUACCUUCCCGCGCUCGCACCAGCACUCAGGCUCCUGACGGAUUCGGUCUGACCACCGGAGGAUCCAACUACUCACUGGCCCGACACACCUGUAAAGCCCUGACGUUCCUGCUCCUCCAGCCGCCCAGCCCCAAGCUGCCAGCGCACAGCACCAUCCGGCGCACAGCCAUCGAUCUGAUCGGCCGCGGCUUCACGGUGUGGGAGCCGUACAUGGACGUGUCGGCGGUGCUCAUGGGUCUGUUGGAGCUCUGCGCCGACGCCGAGAAGCAGCUGUCCAACAUCUCAAUGGGUCUUCCUCUGAGCCCCGGCGCUGAUUCGGCUCGAUCGUCCCGUCACGCCCUCUCCCUGAUCGCCACCGCCAGACCCCCCGCCUUCAUCACCACCAUCGCCCGAGAGGUUCACAGACACACAGCGAUGCAGUCCCAGGGCUCUCAGUCUCAGCAGAACGUUCACACCACGACUCUCGCUCGCGCCAAAACUGAAAUCCUGCGUGUCAUGGAGAUUCUGAUCGAGAAGAUGCCGUCUGAUGUGGUGGACCUGCUGGUGGAGGUGAUGGACAUCAUCAUGUACUGCAUCGAAGGCUCUCUGGUGAAGAAGAAAGGCCUGUCCGAGUGUUUCCCAGCCAUCUGCAGGUUUUAUAUGGUGGCGUACUGUGACCGCAGCUAUCGCAUCGCUGUCGGCGCCCGUCAGGGGUCAGUGGCCCUUUAUGACGUCCGCACUGGAAAAUGCCAGCAUAUUCACGGACAUAAAGGACCCAUAACAGCGGUGUCCUUCGCACCGGACGGACGUUAUCUGGCCACCUACUCCAACGCUGACAGCCACAUCUCCUUCUGGCAGAUGAACACGUCUCUGUUGGGCAGCAUUGGGAUGUUGAACUCGGCUCCUCAGCUGCGCUGCAUCAAAACCUAUCAGGUUCCUCCGGUCCAGCCGGCGUCGCCCGGCUCCCAGAACGCCCUCAAACUGGCCCGCCUCAUCUGGACCUCCAACCGCAACGUCAUCCUCAUGGCCCACGACGGCAAGGAGCACCGCUUCAUGGUCUGAGGGGUCAGGGGUCACGUGACCUUCGACCUCCCCAGCUCGGCUGUCAACUGGUUUACACUCUUCCCUUCAUUCCUCUGUUUAUUUAAAGCAUUUGAAGUUUAGUUCUUUUUUUGAUUAUUUAUGAAGAUGAUAAAAACGUGUUUUUGAGCUUGACGGUCAAGCGUGGUUUUGAAGACGAGUUUUAUUUCUGUUUGAUUUGCACAGAUUGUCUCCGGUUGAUUCGCUGAAGCUGGCUCUAUAAACCUGAUCGCAUCGCCGUCGAUGUUAUUUAUAAUCCUCAUCCGAAUCAUAUCGUGAUAUUAUCGUGUGUCAUAGGAGUUCUAUUCAGGAAUGGUUUUUGUUUGCGCUCGUGUUGUAGUCGUGAACUCUCUCGGUUUGCUGUUGUCUGUUGCUGUUGCUGUUGAAAUACACAUGAAAUACACACUCGAUGCAUUCACCAUUUCAUCCCACUAUUAACAACAAAAACACGUAAAGAACUAUUUUAGGGUCAUUAAGGUUUUUUUGCAUUGUGCAGUGUUCUUCAUAAAAUUUAAUAUAAUUUUAGGAUCAAAUUCUGAUUGCUUUUAUAAAAAAAGUAAUUGUGAUAGCUGCAAUAAACAUUUAAAAUAAGUCAAAUUAAUUAUAGCAUUCAGCAUUCAAAUGAGCAAACUGUAAUAUCAUUUAUUUAUGUGUUAAAAAAAGUAUAAUGAUUAAACUACAUUCAUGUGAAUAGACAAUAAAUCAAUCGUAAUAGUCUUAAAUCUUAAAAUAGGCUACAUUUUCAUUAUACAAAUAAUAAUUUCUUAUUUUCACUGCUGGCUUAAUAUAUUCUGUAUUUCAUCCCUAAAUCAAAUUAAUUAUCA